ACUGUUUUAACAAAUUAAAUUAAAAAAGUAAAUUAUUUGUUAUAAAGUUGAAGAUAUUUUUAGUUUGUCAGUCCAUUCAAAUUGAGAUAGAAUGAGGACAUCCACGGUUACCACCACCACCUGUAACGAUAUCUUCCUCCGUAACCGCCGCCAACCUGAUCUCUAUCACUAUCGUCUCCGCCGCCAAUUGUCAACAGUCUUCUGUUUUCAUAAUCAUCGUCAUCAUCAGCUCUUACUCUCUAGGACGUGCACCAUUCGAAUUCCAUCAUCAUCUUCAUCUGCAAUACUAACAUACUCUGCCUGCAAAGCGUCAUCGUCGUCAUCAUCAUCGAACAGCCAAAUAAAGGUUGAAGAAGAAGAUGAAUCAUGUGAACUUGUGAAUGGGAUGGAACUUUCUAUUUCAACUGAUGAUGAGUUGGAUAGUGGUAGUAGUAAUGUCAGCAUUAGGGCAUAUUUUCUUCAAGCAGUCAAGAACAAUAAUGGUAUAGGAAUCUUGCUUCUUUCCGAUAUCUUUGGUUUCGAAGACUCCUCUACUAGAGAUUUUGCAUAUCGUGUUGCCUGUAAUGGAUACAAUGUGCUUGUACCGGAUCUCUUUCGUGGCGAUCCAUGGGCAAAAGACAAGCCAAGAGAUCUAUUCGAAAGCUGGCUAUCCAAGCAGGACACAACAAGGGUAACAUCUGACAUAAUUGCAUCGUCGAAAUGGUUGUUGGAUGAAUUCGAAGCUGUAGGAAUUUCUAAAAAGCUAGGACUCAUCGGUUUUUGUUUUGGUGGGGGGAGAGUUGUUGAUGUUCUUGCACGUGACAAAGGCAAGAGUUUUAGAACCGGGGUUUCGUUCUAUGGAACAAGGAUCGACACCUCUGUUGCAACGGAUGUGAAGGUGCCGAUACUGUUUAUCGUGGGCGAUAAUGACCCUCUUUGUCCAAUCAAUGAUUUGGAAGGUAUUGUAAAGAAGAAUGAGAAUGGGAAGAGUUUGGCCAUCUUUAAAGGAAGAGGCCAUGGAUUUGCACAUAGACCUCAAACUCCUGAAGAAGAUGAUGAUGCAGAACAAGCUUUUAUGAAAAUGAGAAGUUGGUUACAAAAUAGCUUUGCUGCUGAAGAAACCUAAUUCAAUUCAGGAGUUUGCAUUUGUAAUAAAAACCAUCUUAUUUUGCUAGUGUGACGACAAUGUUUUGUUUUUCAAUGAUAUAAACUUGAAAACAAAGCUCCAA